AUGGCGGCUGGUGCCGGGGCGCUCGCAGCCAUCCGCGGCACCCCCCCAGCCUCCCUGCAGGAACUCCCUUAUCCCCCCCAGAACAGCCCCCGGGUGGCACGGGGCUCACACACCGGGGGGGUCCCGCCGGCAGUUGAUUUGGUGCUGGGAGCCGCGGCCGGGUGCUUGGCCUGCGUCCUCACCAACCCGCUGGAGGUGGUCAAAACCCGGCUGCAGCUGCAAGGCGAGUUACAGCCCCCCGGCACCUACCCGCGGCCCUACCGGGGAGUCCUGCGGGCCGUGGGGGCUGUGUACCGGGCGGACGGGCUGCGGGGGCUGCAGAAGGGGCUGGCCGCCGGGCUCCUCUAUCAGGGGUUGAUGAACGGCGUCCGCUUCUAUUGCUACUCGCUGGCCGAGGACGCCGGCUGGACUCGCUAUCCCGGGGGGACCGUGGCCGCCGGGGCCGUGGCCGGGGCCGUGGGAGCCAUCGUGGGCAGCCCCGCGUACCUGGUCAAGACCCACCUCCAAGCCCAGACGCUGUCGGCACUGGCUGUGGGUCAUCAGCACAACCAUGAGAACAUCUCCGCAGCUUUCAAGAGCAUCUACAAGCAGCACGGCGUGGCAGGGCUGUGGCGGGGGGUGUCGGGCGCCGUGCCCCGUGUGGCCGUGGGCUCGGCCGCCCAGCUCGCCACCUUCACCUCGGCCAAGGACUGGGUCUGCGAGCACCAGUGGUUCCGGGAGGGCAGCUGGGCCGCGGUGCUGGCGGGGGGCAUGGUGAGCGGCGUGGCCGUGGCGGUGACCAUGACACCCUUCGACGUGAUCAGCACUCGUCUGUACAACCAGCCGGUGGAGGCCGACGGCACGGGCAAGCUCUACCGCGGGUUUUUGGAUUGCAUCCUGCAAAUCUCCAGCAAAGAGGGGCUGCUGGGCUUGUACAAGGGCAUCGGCGCCGUCUACCUCCGCCUCGGCCCCCACACCGUCCUCAGCCUCUUCUUUUGGGACGAGCUCAGGAAGAUGGUGCAGCACCAGCAGCCCCCGGGGCCGUAG